GUUGUUUGAAGCGACGAACACAUUUCAAAAGUUAUCCCUACAAUGGGAAAGGAUGGCCCAAAGCAGGGGAAUUACGUUGUAGCUGUGAUAGAUGCAGUCAAGUGUCCUAUUAACAUAACAUUGUUCUUAAUAUGCAUUUUACUUGUUUAUUUAAGUCUGAGGCCACUGUUAAGAAAAAAGAAAUCCCAGAAAUGUGAAGUCCCGAAAAUGGGGAAACGUGAUUUCACAUUAGAAGAACUUCAGAGUUUCGAUGGCAGUGGCGAACAUAAGAGGAUAUUGAUCGCAGUUAAUGGUAAAAUAUUCGAUGUCACGAAUAAAGGACAGGGAUUUUAUGGCAAGGGCGCACCGUAUGCUGCUUUUGCCGGCAGAGAUGCAUCAAGAGCACUUGCGUGCUUCAACCUCGAAACAAAAGAUGACUAUGACGAUCUUUCUGACCUUACUGCUGAUCAAAUGCAAACCCUAAGGGAAUGGGAACUGCAGUUUUCCGGUAAGAUUGUGAUUUUUGUAAACCACAUUGUCGAUAUCUUUAUGCUUCAAUAUUUUUUAUCAUCUAACUAUCCAUAUAAUUUCUCUGCAUAUCUGGCUGUGUUUGGCAACCGAGGUUCAGCCAUUUGUUAGUCAUAUCAAUCUACAACAAAUUGACCGUUAGAUCUUACGUGCAUUUCGCUUCCAGUUCCACAAAAAUAUAUUAUCAAGGUGUGUUAAUUAUCUGAAUUUCUAGUCGAAUCGCGACACAACUUCACUUUUCUGGAGUCAAAUGUUUCGAAUUUAGAGUUCAGUUGUCUCAGUAUUUACUGUAUACAAAGCUUCAAUCUAAUCUAGUCUAUCGUCUGUUAACCCUCGUGAUGGAACAUAGGGUGCCCACCACAAUUCUCCAUCGAACUUUGUCCUGGGUAUCCCUUUGGUGUCUGCCUUCAAUUGCCAGUGCACAGUGUUUCUUGGUCUUUUGAAUUUCCUUUAGCUUACAAAAUUCCAAGUUAGUGUUUGCCUCGGGUGAUUUCCGCAAUGUAUAUCCCGUCCAUCUCUAACGACUUCUUAAUUCCCUAUUCACUUAGAAGCUCGUUUUUUCCCUCGCACAACAUUCUAUUACUGAUGGUAUUAAACCAACGGAAAUUGAGUGUCUUGCCUAGAACUUUGCUUUUUAAUGAAAGUUGUAGUUCUCCAGGUUCAAGCUCUGUGCAGUAAAGCUGUCUCGAGGUAUGUGUUGAACUUUGAUAUUGGUUGCGGCUACACUGUUUGUCUUGGCCUGCAUUUGUUGAUGUGUGUGGAGUAGAAAGGCUAUGUCAUCUGCGAAGUCCAAAUCGCGUAGCUAUAUGCAAGCUGUCCAUUGUAUUCCGUGUUUCUUCUGGGACGUGGGGGUCUUCAUUAUCCAAUCAACCACCAGAAGAAAGAGAAAGAGUGAAAGUAAGCAGCCUGACAAUGCCUGAUAACAGUCCUAACUUGGAAUGCAUUUGUCAGCUGUCUUCUAUGCAGGACUUUGCAGAGUAGUCCGCCGUAUUAAUUCCGUGUGAUGUUUACGAUCUUCUCAGGUACACCAUAAUGUCGAAAAUUUUUUAUAACGUUCUCCUAUUCACACUGUCAAAUACUUUCUCAUAAUCAAUGAAGUUGAUGUAUAGUGAUGAGUCCCGUUCAACUGAUUGUUCAACAAUGACCCGUAGUGUCGUGAUUUGGUCUGUGCACGACCGAUCCUUACGGAAUCCAGCUUGCUGAUCUCGAAGUUGGACAUUCACCAAAAUCUUUCAUGUGGUUCAGCAACGCACUGUUGAAAACCUUUCCUGAUUCUCAGGGUUUCAAUGGAGAUCUAUUCCUUAUGAUGGUGCUUGUUGCGGCCCAGAACCCCCUGACACAUUAAAGUUAACGCUUCUUUGGUUCCUCUCCUGUUGUCUUCCAUAGUAGUUUCUCACUCUUCGAGUAAUUCUUCCAAGGCUCGAAAAUUAUUGAUGAGAGCUGUCUUGAAUUCGUCGAGCUUGUAUCUCAAAGGAAGGCUGUAUGAAGUCUUUUUAGUGCUGCUUAUCCAGUUUUCCGGUGCUUCUUUAGCAUCAGUCUCAUCUUAGCCACGGCCAGGUGGUGAUCUGAAGCUAUGUCAACUUCUCUCCUGGUUCUCACAUCUUCGAUUGUCUUUCUGAAAUGUUUUAGUCACCCCGAUCUAGUUCUCUGUAGUGUGGUCCAGUGAGAUCCAUGUAGCUUUGUGCGUGUGUUUGUGUGGGAAUGUUGUACUACCUAUAACCAAUUUGUUGAAUGCACAUAGAUUUGCAAGUUUCUCACCAUUCUCGUCCGUUUGUCCUAGUUAGUCCAUGUCGUCUCAUGAUAUCUUCACACCUGGUGUCGUCCACUCCAACUUUAACAUUUAAGUCUCUCAUCAGAAUGUUCAGGUUCUUUUCUGUGCGUUUCUUUGCGAUCGAUUGCAGCCUCCUGUAGAACCGAUCUUUAUCAUCGUCAUUGCUAUAAUUAGUGGGGGCAUAUUAUGGAAUAAUAUAGUAUUGUUUAUAAUAUAUCUUAGCAACAAGGCACUCCUCCAUUGGUGAAUAGAAUGAUAGUUCUGUGUUAUAUGAUUAUACCAAACCAAUAAGAAAUUCUUUUAAGUCCAGAAAUCACUGACAUUCGUCAGUAUGACGUAUCUGACGCUGAUGAUAUUCAAAUCAUCAUCACUGCCCAUCCAUCAUAUAAACUGCAUUAUUUGAAUUUAAAGUUUUAUUGUCAUUAUUAAUAAACAUAUUAGCGACCAAAGCUUCACAAGGAAGAAUAGAUUCGGGAUAUUGAUUUGGUGUAGUUGGGUUGAUAAGAUCUAGUAGUUGUUUACACAAACCAAUCUAGCAUUAUAGUACGUCCACCAUGGUUAUUUUUUUAUUGACAUAGCUGUUUGGUAAGUACAAAUCACACCUCAAACUUGUCGUUUGUGUAUGCUGUGUGCUGAGGAGUAGGUAUACCAUACUCCUCAAAAACCGUUUAUUUCAGUAAGACUAAAUACAAAUUUUGUCUUGUAUUACAGAGCGUUAUGAUCAUAUUGGGCGACUUUUGAAGCCAGGAGAACCUCAUCGGGUUUAUGAAGUCAAUGAUGGAGAAGAAGACUUUGGAACCAAUCAUGUUCAAAGUGCACUUAAAAAAAAAGUAACUUGAAAGUGUCUACUUCUGUUCUAAGUAUCUUAUGUAUCUAAACUUAGAAUAUGAUUUUCUUACUCCAACUGAUCAUCCAUGAUGCUCACAUUACAGUUAUAUUUUUGACGUGGUUUUCGAUUCGUGCAAUAACCAGACCGUUAAAUGAAACACUCGUCCACACAAAUCUGUGCACCAUGGAGUGAAUCUCUUUUAAAAUUCAAACAUAAAUCUACAUUUCUGGGUAUUUGUUUAUUGUAUUUUGUUCUUAUAAUUACAAAUCAUUUUGAAUACACUAUAUGUUUGACCUGGUUGCUACUGCUUAAUCAUAAUGUAAAUAUUUGUAACUUUCCACAAAUAUACAUGUCCAAAGCUUAUUUUCAUCCC